UCGAGGCCUUCUUGACCUGAAUUUUUUGUAUAAAUACCUCCGUGAGCCGAAGGCGGACGGCAGGAGGGAAUUCCAAAAUCCACAUCUUUUCCCGCCAUGGAAGACGCAGAGAUGGGAGACGGAAGCCCGAAGCACUUCGAUAGGAAGCAGGCCGUCUAUCAAAACCUUGACGAGAGGUAUGUGAUCCAUGGAGAGAGGUAUAGAGGGCAGCAAUACAGCCAAAUCUACUUCACUCGCCUCCAUCACAUGAGGAAUCUCCUCAACUCCCUUGUCCCCAAGUGGAAGCCUCACCUCCCUGUUCAUACUAUUUUAGGACUUGAAGAAGGCAAAGAGUGCAUUAUAAUUGGAACUAUGUACAAGCAUAUGAAACUCAAGUCUUCUAUUCUUGAUGAGUACUCUAAGGAGAGGUCUACGGUUCCUCUUGUCAAGCCUCAUAAUUUUAUGCAUCCUGAUGAUCAUCUUAUUUUGGAAGAUGAGAGUGGAAGGGUUAAACUAGCUGGAACUUUCCUUGCCCCUUCGGUUUAUGUGACAGGGAUUGUAGUCGCUCUUCAUGGUAAAGAAACAAGUGAUGGUGAUUUUUUUGUUCAAGAUGUUCUGGAAGCUGGUCUACCACCCCAAAUUGAGCAACCACUUGACUUAAGAGAAGACAAACAUGUGGUUUUCAUCUCAGGAUUGAGUGUUGGGAGUAGCAUGUUCAAUCCUCUUCAAUUCCAACUUCUCGUUGACCAUAUAACCGGGCAUUUGGGUGAUGAAAAUGAGCAAAGCAUUGCAUCUCAAAUAGUUCGUGUUGUAAUUGCUGGGAAUUCUGUACAAAUAUCACAGGGCAUUCUUAGUGGUCAGACAUUAGCUCCCAAGGAUCAGUCUAGGCUAACAGAACCAAUCAAAGAGUUUGAUAUAUCAUUGAUUCAGCUUGCAGCUGCUAUGCCUGUGGAUAUCAUGCCAGGGCCUAGUGAUCCAGCUAAUUUUUCCUUGCCCCAGCAGCCUUUGCAUAGGUGUCUUUUUCCAGGAGCAUCAGUCUAUAACACUUUCCUCUCAUGUACAAAUCCUCAUCAAUUUGAACUGGAUGAUGUUCUGUUUCUUGGGACAUCUGGUCAGAACAUAGAUGAUCUUAGUAAGUAUUCUGAUGCCAAAGACAAGCUUGAAUUUAUGGAAAGAACAUUAAAAUGGAGGCAUCUGGCACCAACAGCUCCAAACACACUUGGAUGUUAUCCCUAUACUGACAAGGACCCUUUCCUCAUUGAGAGCUGUCCACAUGUAUACUUUGUUGGCAAUCAGGAUAAAUAUGAAACCCGUUUAUUACAAGGACCUGAGAAGCAACUGCUAAGGCUAAUCUGCAUUCCCAGAUUUUGUGAGACUGGAGUUGCUGUUGUGCUUAAUUUGCGAACUCUUGAAUGCCAUGCUCUCAGUAUCUCAACGAAGUUGGACAGCUAAGUUGGCAUGUGUGCUAUAUUUGGAGCAGCAUAGGAGCUAGUUGUCUCCUACCCACAUUAUGGCUAACUUAAUCACAGAUUUUGAGGGGCAUGCUAUGAUCCUGACAUCAUUGAAAUCCUUGUGAAAGAUUUACCUUGCGUUCAAUCUAAACAGAGGAAUUAACGAGGAUUGCACUCAUUUGCAGACUGUAAAAUUUGCUCCAUGUCUAAUCCAAUAUAUAGUGUAUUAGAGCUUCCCUUUGCUCAUAGACCAGAACCACUUUCGUUACCAAUUUGCUGUAACCCUCUCCUUUGUCAGUGCCUAUAUUAAUUUAUGCCAGUUGAAUCUUGGCUCUUUUUUUUUUGGGCGUAGUGUUGAACCUUGCAUCUUGUCAACUGUACAAUAAUUGAGUCCAUGGAAUCAGUUAACUGCCUAUUUAUAUUUGAAUUCAUUAACAUCUUUUGGUGUUUCUCCAA